CUAACGGCUAACCUGGCUAGCUCUGUUCCUCCGCUCUCGCCUCAAUGUUGUUCCGUUCGAGCGAAACGACAAACUGGACCUUAUUUCGCUAGGUGUUGCUGAGCCUGAGCGAAGGGAAGGAGGAUGAAGCGGCGCAAUGCGGACUGCAGUAAACUCCGGCGCCCGGUCAAACGCAACCGAAUCACCGAGGGCAUUUACGGCAGCACCUUCCUGUACCUGAAAUUCCUGGUGGUUUGGGCGCUAGUGCUGCUGGCCGACUUUGUGCUCGAGUUCCGGUUCGAGUACCUCUGGCCCUUUUGGCUGUUCAUCAGGAGUGUGUACGACUCUUUCAGAUACCAGGGCCUGGUGAGCCUCUCCGCCUUCUCAGUAUUUUUUGUGUGUGUGGCGUUUACAUCAGACAUCAUUUGCCUGCUCUUCAUCCCUGUGCAGUGGCUGUUCUUCGCUGCCAGCACGUAUGUGUGGGUGCAGUACGUCUGGCACACAGAAAGAGGGGUCUGCCUUCCCACUGUGUCCCUGUGGAUCCUGUUUGUUUAUAUUGAAGCAGCUAUACGCUUUAAGGAUCUAAAAGACUUCCAUGUGGAUCUCUGCCGUCCGUUCGCAGCACACUGUAUUGGGUACCCGGUGGUGACGCUGGGCUUUGGAUUUAAGAGCUACGUAAGCUAUAAGAUGCGUCUGCGCAAACAGAAAGAGGUGCAGAAGGAGAAUGAAUUCUACAUGCAGCUCCUUCAGCAGGCUCUACCACCAGAACAGCAGAUGCUGCAGAAACAAGAAAGAGAAGCUGAGGAAGCAGCAGCAGCCAAAGGUGUACACGACACAGAUUUGCCUCCCGCUGCUCAAAACGGCUCUGCCGGUGGCAAAAAGACAGCGACAAACAGCCUGCCUGAACUAGAGUACCGGGAGAAAGAGCGGAGCAAGAACGAAUCCAAAAAACAACACAACCACAACCAGAACCAUCACAACAGCAGCAUCCUGCCUGUAGUGGACUAUAAUAAAGUGCAGGAGCUGGAGUACAUGGAGAAUAAUGUGAACAACAAGAGACUGAGCAGCUCCGAGCUGCUGGGCAGCACUGAGAAUCUGCUCCUGAAGGAGGACAACUCUUCAUCGUCUUGCUCGUCCUCUUCCUCCAACUCCACCUCGUCAAAAAAUUACAAAAAUGCCAGCAGAGGGGGCAACACUUCACCACGGGGCCACGGGACGGCCAAUGGCAGUGUGCCUUCUGGCCCCUCAAAUUUCUCUUCAUCAGGGAAGGGAGAGAAGAAGCAGAAGUGUGGAGGAAAGGGGGCACACCGAGAUCCCACAGAUAACUGCAUCCCAAAUAACCAGCUCAGCAAGCCUGAAGCACUGGUCAGGCUGGAGCAGGAUGUAAAGAAGCUGAAGGCUGAGCUGCAGGCGAGCAGGCAAACAGAGCAGGACCUGCGCAGCCAGCUGGGAUCUCUGGGCACAUCAGAACGCAGCGUUCGCUCCGAGCUCAGCCAGCUCCGCCAGGACAACGAACUGCUGCAAAAUAAGCUCCAUAAUGCCGUGCAGGCGAAGCAGAAGGACAAGCAGACUCUGGGGCAGCUGGAGAAGCGUCUGAAAGCAGAGCAGGAAGCUCGAGCAAUUGCAGAGAGGCAGCUGGCAGAGGAAAAGAAACGCAAGAAGCUAGAAGAGGCCACAGCGGCCAGAGCUGUUGCCCUCGCGGCUGCUUCCAGAGGUGAGUGCACCGAGUCUCUGAGGAGGAGGAUUUCCGAACUGGAGACAGAGUGCAAGAAGCUCACAAUAGACAUUAAAAUAAAAGAAGAUAUGAUCUGCGAGCUCGAGCUCAAAGUUCAGGAACUGCAUAAAUAUAAAGAGAAUGAGAAGGACACAGAGGUGUUAAUGUCUGCACUGUCAGCGAUGCAGGACAAGACACAGCACUUGGAGAACAGCCUAAGUGCAGAGACCAGGAUCAAGCUAGACCUGUUCUCUGCUCUCGGAGAUGCCAAGCGACAGCUGGAGAUUGCACAAGGUCAGAUCUUGCAGAAAGACCAGGAAAUAAAAGAGCUGAAACAGAAGAUUGCCGAGGUGAUGGCGGUCAUGCCCAGCAUUGCUUAUUCAACAGAUACCAGCAACAUGAGCCCUGUCACCCCCCACUACUCCUCCAAGUUCAUGGACACCAGUCCAUCUGGCCUGGAUCCCAACGCAUCAGUCUACCAGCCCCUCAAAAAAUAAAUGCUGGCUCAAGCUCCACUAUCCGUUUCUCUCUCUCUCCAUCUAUUUCAAUCUCUUUCUUAAUCUCUCUCUACCAUUUUUCCUUUUUUUCUUCACACACCCGGAUCCCCCUUCUUAAUGUUUGGGGAUUUUUUUCCGUUGAUGUUUUCUUCUACUACUACUUCUCGCCUGGUCAGAGGGAUGUCGUAUUGUGUGACUGUAUUUGUUGUAGUAAAAAAAAAAAAACGACAAAAGACAAAAAAAGAACUUAAGGGACAUCACCCAUCAAGUAGGAACCUGAUGUUGGUGGAUUUUUCUCUUCUUGUAAAUUGUCUAGAAACCUCACAGGAGUUGGCAUGCUUUUUGGGUUCUCUUCAAAACACACUCGACCUUACAACCACCCCUCACUUCCUCUUUCUCUCUUAAGUAAAAAAAAAAUCCCUAUACAUUAACAUUAACAUUUCCCCUUCUAAGUAAGGGGGAAGGGACACAAUCUUAGACCCAAAGCUUAGGGUCCAGUGUGCCAGAAAUAAUUCUGAACACACUCGUGAUUUUCCGGAUCAAACUGAUCAAAAUGAGCCACAGCGUUUCCUCAGACAGUUUUUUGUAAUAUUUGUAAUAUAAUGGAUGUCCCGAUUUUUGUUAAAAUUCUGAUAUCAAAAUUGUUUAAUUUCAUUUUUUAAAACCGCUUUACCCUUGUCAGGAUUGUAGUGUGGCCGGUUCACCCGAAAACAGUGUUCGAAAGGCUGUCAUCGCAGUCAUGUCUGAGUAGAUGGCCAGCUGGCUGAUGGCACCAUUGAGAUUCGAACCCAGAUCUCAGCAGUGGUGGGCUAGACUGAUAGUGCUAAAUUAAAGAUACAAUAACCUGGAUGAUUUGCUUCAUGUAACACAUGUUCACAGCAAAAAUCACGAAAGUGGAUUUGAUCAGAAUCCGCAUUUAAUUACAUCCGAUAAUAUGUGGGACAUCCCUUGUUCAAAUCCAAAGCCUAUUUAAGGUCCGAGUGAUUUAAAGAUAUACAUUUCUUUCUUUCAAUAAUUAAUCCCAAAAAAAUCACAUUUUGACCAGUCAGACACCCCAAUGUCCAUUGGAUCUGUGGCAUCCCACUAGACCGUUGACACUGCUGAGACUGGAACCCAAGUCUCCGCAGAGGUGGGCUAGUGCAUUUAACCUCCGUGCCACUAGAGCGCAUCCAACCCUGAACCCUAAACUGAUUCAGAGCCAAUGGCUGCUGCUCUUCAACGGUAAAAGCCAAUGUGAAUGGAUGUCUUGUUUACGCCUAUCUGGACUGCAUUGCGCCGUUGAGAAAACGAUGCUUAGAAGUAGUUUAGAGGAGGGGAAAGUGGAUUUUGUGCAAUGUACAUGGUGUGCGAGAGCAGAUCACAGACGACUCCUUCGACUUUAUUUCCAAUCUGUCCGACCGCCACUGAAAUUUAGUCCAGUGCCAUGUAGGUAGGCCUGUGAUUGUUUGGCAAAACAGAAGCAGCCAACACAGCCGUCGAGUGUAUUUUCUAGUUCAAUGUAUUGGUAGCAGAAAGGUAUUUGGUGUUGCCACAUGAUGGCGCUUUUGUGCAUAGGAAAGUAUUUGGACUUGUCAGUAUUGCCGAGUUCACAUUCUGUUAAACACAUGAGUGUUAAAGAAGGAAUUAAUGUAUUAAUACGAAGCAGGUGGAUGCCAUCUUUCUCAAGACCUGUACACAAAUUGAAGCCUUUUUUGGUGAAGCAAAAAAAAACUAAAAAAUUCCACUGAAAUAAGCUGACCUGCCGAGACAAAAUAAACCACAAGCAAUGCAAGUCUAUUUGUAAUCUUUCCCAUAAUUACAAAUCCAUGUUUGAAGGUUUCUACACAUGCUUUAAAUUACAUCAGUAGUCAUGGUGUUUCCAAAUCGAAUAAACAGUAUCAUGGGCGAUACAGUUGUGCAGCUCAGGGUGUCGUGUGGCAAGCUUUAGGUUCCCAGACCCAAGCUCAAUCCUCAUUUUUAACCACUGUCUGUGAGAAACAUUUUUAUUAACCACUUUUUUCUGAUUAAGGUCACACUAAGAAACACCAGGCGCGAGGCAUGAACACAGGGCCUCGCAAAGCCUCUACCACACACCCCUCUCCCAGACAUAGCCAAGCAUGUCUACGCAGACGCACAGCUGGCCGAUAGCACCGCUAAGAUUCAAACCUGGAUUGCUCAUAAGGAAUAAUACAAAAUUGCGAUACUAGGCAUAAGAAUUAGUGACUCUGCGUGUUGCCCUAGGAUGGGUUGGUCCUGAGUGUAUUGCAUUUAGCACUCGGUAUUCCAGGUCCAGCAGCUUUACCAUCGAGUGGUUAGGUGAGAUGAAAUGACUAGAUUUGGAUUAUUUGUUUAUGCUACUGUUAUGCAUGUUUGGAAACUGUAGACGUUUUGUCGAAUACUUAAUUACUGAAUGUUUAGUAGCUCUGAUAGAGCAGAUGAGCUGUGUUAGGUGAGGGGCAUUAAAAUGUAAUAUUUUUUUAAUAUUUGAUCUGUAGCUCUGGGCCACAGCCAUCUGCUGCAGUGGAUAAAUCAUAGACUUAACAACUAGACCACCAGUAAAAUAAAUCAUCUGCUGUGCCUUCCAGAAACAUAUAAAUUGUUUGAUUAAUAUAGUGAUUUAUACAUUGAUAGUAAUAUUCCCGCCUUUGAUUACUGUCUGAGUGAUUGUGGAUUACUGGUUUCCACCAGCCUCGUGGUUGUUAAAUUUAGUGAACUGGCUGCACUAAAUUGCCCCUAGAUGCGAGUGAUUGAGUGCCAGUGGGAUUAUGUCGCCCUAUGAUAAACUGACUCCAAUUCAGUGUAGUGUAAAGUGUUUCCGAGUGGCACCAGACCCACCACAAAUAUAUUUUCCCCUUGUUCCUAACUUGGCUAUUUCCAUUUCCCCACUAUAAUACCACUAUAUGCUGCUUAAACUACUACUAGUCGGCUUUGCUGUGUGCAGUUGUCAGAUGCUCCUUUACACCAGCCAGUGAUGAACUUACAUGGAGAAAAUCACACACUAUGUCCUAUAUAUUUAUCCAUCAUUUAUGCUUUUGCUUUGACCGCACAGAGGUUGCUAUUGUAGCAAUUAGGAGAAACCCAAUCUGACCUUCCCUCCCUCGAGCAACCGACCAGGCCAGUAGCACCGGAGACGUGCUGAAUAUGAUGGCUCAUAUGCAUUAAUAAAGACUGCUGUUAAUUAUUCAUCAAAUCAAGAACCAUCACUUACAGCAGUGUCCAGACACAGUAUUACACUUAUUUUUCUCCUAAUCUGAUUGUAGCCAAUGCAGAAACUAUCACUACCUUCCAGUCAGUCGGCCACAUCUUUUCACCUGCAAGUAGUGGAAUCUCACACACAGCGAGCCACGCUAAGUGCUCUGCAAAUCAUCAAGCACUAGUGCAGGUGUCCUGACCAGACUACAGGGUGUGCAAAUGUACAGCUGCAGAACCUGAAACACUUAUCGACCUCCCUCAGGCACAGCCAGUUGUGCCUGUUGGUCGUCCGGCCAGGUCGAUAGAACCACAUGAGGUUUGAAAUCAAAGAGUUUGAGACCGCUCCACCAACUGAGCUAAGUAAAAGUGGAACGAAAUGAAAACCCAGCAGUUAUCCGUACUUAGAAUUAAGUUAGGGAGGACAAACUUGAAAAGUUUACAGACUAUACAAAUGAACUGAAAUUUCAAGUACCUGCUAAUGUUUUGUAGCUCCCGCAGAUAAAUACCUGAACUAAACCAAUUAAAACCAACAUUUAAAAACAAUUUAAUGCAUAUUGAAGCAACGACUGGCAGAAAAUGCCAGAAAGUGGAUUAAUUGAUUGAAGAAAUGCUGAUCAGCUUUCCCACAGCAUUUCCCAGGUAACCAAGCUGGUGAUAUGUCCACCCAUCUGGAAUCAACCAGUCAGGGUGUAAUCGCAUUCAAACAUCAAGGUCUUGAGAAAGAUGGCUAAUGAUUACAAUUAAAAAAAAUGACCUGCUUGCUUGUUGAAAGUGUUACUUAUUUAGUACUACAUGGUUGGGAUAGUUCUGGUGAGUCCUACGUGAUCUGCAAUUUAUUUUGUGUGUGUGUUUAAAUUAUGCUGUAAGGGAGGAGGAGAAGCAGCAAAGCCAGUGAGGUUUUCCACUAAAAUAGUCUCAGAACGGUAUUGUCUGCCUAGACAAAAAAAAGCACUUGUUUGGGUUCUUUGCCUGACGUCACCUCUCCCUCUUUAUUUCUUUAGACCUAACCGUGGCUGCAUUCUCACUCUGUGAGGUUUUAAAGGAAUAAAAAAGAUUUUUUUCUGGCA